AUGGAUAGAAUUCAUACCCUUGGAAGACACAUGUGUCCUAACAAGCAACUUAAAUAGCCAAUUAAGGUUACUGUUACAGGAGCAGCAGGUAAUAUUGGUUAUGCUUUUGUAUUCUUUGCAGGUUAAGGUCGUCUUUUUGGACAAGAUCAGCCAAUAGACCUUACUCUUCUAGAACUUCCUAACUCUAAGAGACCUAUGAUGGGAACAGUCAUGGAAUUGGAUGAUUGUGCCUAUCCUCUUUUAGCAAACAUAAGAACAACUACAAGUAUAGAUGAGGCUUUUGUUGGCUGCUAAGUAGCCGUCCUUGUAGGUGCAAAACCCAGAGGCCCAGGCAUGGAAAGAAAAGAUUUAUUAAGCGAAAAUGGAAAGAUUUUCAAAGCUCAAGGUGAAGCAAUAGAUAGGUAUGCAGACAGAGAUUGCAAAGUUUUAGUUGUAGGUAAUCCUGCAAAUACUAACUGCUUAAUAGUUUAAAGAUAUGCCCCUUCAAUUCCUAAAUAAAAUUUCACAGCUAUGACUCGUCUUGACCAAAAUAGAGCUGAUUCUAUCUUAGCUUCAAAAAUUGGAGUCCAUUCAAGAUAAAUUCGUAAUCUGAUUAUUUGGGGCAACCAUUCUGCUACUCAAGUGCCAGAUGCUUCAUAAGGAAUAAUCAUGAAUUAUCCUUAACCUGGUAUGGUAACAGCUGCUAGAGGAGCUGUGAGCAACGAUAAGUGGUUGACUACAGAAUUCGUUGAAACUGUAGCAAAAAGAGGUGCAGCUAUCAUAUAGAUGAGAGAAAAAUCAUCUGCUGCAUCAGCAGCUAGUGCAGCCUGUGAUCAUAUUCAUGAUUGGUUUAUUGGAACCCAAAGUGGUUAAAUUGUUUCAAUGGCAGUAAUCAGUGAUGGUUCUUACGGUGUCCCUGAAGGCUUAUGCUUUUCAUAUCCAGUAACAUGCCAAAAUGGUAAAUGGCAAAUAGUACAAGGUCUUUAAUGGGAUGAGUUAACUAAAAAGAGAAUCGAAGUAACAACAAAGGAGCUUAUUGAAGAACGUGAUUUAGCACUUUAAUCUUUAGCUGCCAACACAAAAUGA